CCGGGGUAGAAUAGUUUGGAUUGACCAAUCAUCCUGGCGGCUCAUUUCAUUCUUGCAGGAGGGGUGGACUAUUGCUUUGUAGGAGGUUGAAUAGUCUUGAGGAACUCUACCCAUCUAUCUACAUGGUUGCAUGUAUGUAGGCGAGUGCCAAACAGAUGAUUAUAGAUGAGGUCCAAUUGCAGAGCAGAGCCUACACUAAUUAAACCCAAGUUGAACAAUGCUUGCAUGGCUCGAACCUCCCAACGGAACUCCACGUCCGAUGUUUGCCAAAGGUGGGGAACACAAAGGAGGGGAGGAUCCGCAAACCGAUGCGGAGGGAUCCCUCAUGCAAUGGUGACGGUUGAGCAACAUAUAGCCAGACAUUAGAAUCGAAAAUUUGCCUUCAACACCUCCGCCUCGCCAGACACAAGCUGCUGAUCAGGCCAAAGGGGAACAAAAAUCGAGAUGAGCGUACCUAGCACACAGCGCCCCUCGGCGACUUGCGUCCAGGUCACACCGGACAUUUCGAUUCAACCCCCGCUCUCUCGCCGGGGAAACGGUCCGGGCCUGGUGUUGGUUGUUUCCAAGAACCUCGACUUGAGCUCGCAUGAGAAGACACUUGAUCCUCCGCCGCUCCAGAAAUGGGCCGAGGAGGGCUACUCUGUUGCUCAGGUCCGUAUUGGCGACGGGUCCAGCAUCACCAGCCAAGUCGGUAUUGCCGUUGCGGAGUUGCAAAAGCUACCGGAAUGCUCGGGGGAAAAGUUCGGUCUCGUUGUGAUACCUGACGAGAACACGGCCAGCCACAUCUUGCUCCUUGACGCCAUCAGAAGCCUGACAGCGAUCGUCGGCGCUGUCUUUUACGGAGAUUGCCCAGAUGUUGAACCCCCCGUCCCGGUGCUUGCACACUUACCGGGCAACACGAACAGGCCAUCGGGCGAGCCUAUGAGGCCUGAGGGCCUCACCAUUCACUCGUACCCAGGAGCUGGGCGGUUUUUCAUCAUCCCAGCUCACGCAGACUAUCGCGCGAGUGCUGCGGCCGUGGCUCAUACGCGCUCGCUGUCGUUCCUCAAACCGCUUAUGGGAGGUCCUUAUUUUGACCUCGAGGCCAUCUGGGACGAGCACACACGCUAUGAGUUCGCCGACCGCAGCGUCGAGGAGACCAUGGCCACAAUGGUCGAUCAGCCAUACGUCAACCACGUGCCCACCUUGACCGGGGGAAUCGGACAGGCGAAGCUGACGACGUUCUACCGUGACCACUUCAUCUUCAGCAACCCCAACGACGCCAACUUGGAGCUGGUCAGCCGGACGGUGGGGAUCGACCGGAUCGUUGACGAGUUUCUGUUCAACUGCACCCAUGAUCGGGUCAUUGACUGGCUAAUCCCGGGCGUUCCCCCGACGUUCAAACGGCUGAGCAUUCCGUUCACCAGCGUUGUCAACAUCCGCGGCGACCGCCUCUAUCACGAGCACAUCGCCUGGGAUCAAGGUACAGUCCUGCGGCAGCUGGGCCUGCUUCCCGAAUACCUGCCGUUUCCAUAUGCACUCCCGGAUGGUAGGGCGCCGGGCAAUGGUAAGCGGUUCGAGUACCGAGUGCCUGUUGCGGGCGGGGAAACAGCAGAGAAACUAGUCGAUGAGAACGCAGUGCCGUCGAAUGAAAUGAUUCUGUUUGGUGUCAGGGAAGUUCCUGACAAAUAGCUAAUCUCAUUGGCUGCGCGGAGGUAAAAAUAAUAAAUAAAUAAGAGGUUGCUUAAUCGGCAGCUGUCGUGGACUUUGCUGUCUGGGUACACUGGGGAACAAUGGCUCGUUCAUCCUAAAUUGAGACGGCGUGGAGGGGUUCAAAGAUGAGGAAGACGUCAUGUUUGCAAAUUGGAGCAAACCGCAGUAUCCGUACUCCGUAC